UACUACACAAAUCUCAGAUUUCUUAAAAAUGUUUUCCAAAAUGUAUUAUUUUGUAUUAACUAUUAUGUGUGAUUUUUUUUUUGGAAAUGUUUUGGGAAAUACACUUCUCAUUAACACGAAUGAAAUACAUAUUGAAUAUCCAAUUGAUAAAAAUGCAUUUCAUAACAAUGCUAAGUGGAUUACGGAGACAAAUUGUUUCAGCCCUUCAGAAAAAUAUAUAAAUUGUGGUCCUUUAAAAUUGAAUUUUGUAAUUAAAAAAAAAAUGAGUGCAGAAAUUUUUUUGAAUUUUCAUGAGACCCUGAUUUAUAUUAGCAGAAAACCACGAAAAAUGAUAAAACUUAAAAUCACGUUCGAAGAAACAUACAUUAUUUUAAAUUACAAUGAAAGAAAUAACAUUUUCAAAUACAACGCACAUAAAAUGAAUGAAGAAUUAAAGUCUUUUUUAAAUAAUAUAGACUACCGAAUUAAUUUCAAAAUAAUUAAAAUCCAAAACAGUAAGCUUGAUAAUGACAUAUCCAUAAUAAAUGAUACAGUUUAUGAUGAAGGAACCAAAGAUCAAUUAAGAAAACUUCACUAUUUGUCUUUAUGGAACCAUGUCGAAGAGGAACUUGUUCCAUCGUAUUUUCCUACACUACCCCGUACAACACUUAAAGAUUUCAUUAAUAAUUCAACAAUGUACAAGAGUAGUAUUGAAUUCGCUAUUACGAGAGCAAUAAAAAUUAUGAAAAAUCGUACUAUGAAGUAUGCGAUUUUGUUAAUUUCUUAUGCCUUUGAGGCAAUAAGAAUUAGCCUGUCUUUAGAACCAUACCGGUACCAAAGUAUAGAAAAUUUAGAAAGAUUAGAUGACGCGCUGAUACAAUUGACAGGCAACGAUAUAUUGAGUAAAGGAUAUCUUGAUUUUGUUUAUGUACAGUAUAAACAAAAUGCAAUGUGUAUUUUAAGAGCCAUGGUAUAUAAAAUCGUAAAAUCUUUCCUAACGCCAGAAGAAAUGGAAGGCUACUCAAAUGAUUUAAAUGAAAAUAAUUGUAAACAGCAUAAUGAUGAUGAAAAACCUAUAUUACCACAAUAUCUUUUAGAUAAAGUAUUAAAUGGAUUUCCCAAACCUCACGAUGAAAACGAAUUUCAAAACAUACCAGUAAAUUUACGUGAUGUAAUGGAAAAAUUGCAUAAAAUUAAUACCUUAAUUAAGACAGAAUACAAAUAUAUUUUCAAAAUAAAAUUUAUAAAUGAGAAAGAAAUGUAUGCAGAAAUUUAUAUGCGUUAUGUAAGUAUCUUAAUCAUUGAGUGUUGA